CUGAAGGAGAGCGCACGGCGCACAGAGCAGACGCAGGGAAGAGAGGGAGGAAGAGCGCACAGAUUUCAGUGGCAUUCAGAUUCUCCUCGCGCACGCUGGAUGCGCGUAACAUAUCUGUAUGACAAGGAGGAGAGCCAGACGCACAUUUGGAUGUUUUUUGGAGAUUACAACAACUUGAGCGAGCUUAUCUUUAACAUUUGACUGUUUUUCCUCUCCUCACUGCGCGGAGAGACAUGCAGCUGCUGAUUGAAGGAGCACAGCAUUUAGUAAGUUAAAACCGGGAUUGCGUUCGGAGUUUUGGGGGGGAUUUUUGUUUUGCUUCAGCUAAAAAUGCAACCGGGCAAAAUGAGAGGACUAUUUGUGACAAGAUUGUGGAAAGUUGUGGCUGUUUUGGCGCUGGCGACUCAAAACGCCACCAGUAAGACAUUGAAAUACCAGAUUCACGAAGAGCAAAAGGUUGGCACGGUUAUUGCCCGUUUGAAAGAAGAUGUCGCGGAUGUUGUGGCUAAACUUCCGAGCUCCGUGUCGCUACGUUUCAGAGCCAUGCAAAGGGGAGGCUCGUCUUUCCUCACAGUGCGCGAACAGGACGGAGAAAUCAGCAUCAGGACCAAAAUUGACCGUGAGAAACUCUGCGAAAAGAAUCUCAACUGUUCCAUUCAAUUCGACGUGCUGACGCUCCCCACGGAGCACUUGCAGCUUUUUCACGUCGAGGUGGAAGUGUUGGACAUCAACGAUAACGCACCCCAGUUCGCCCGUGCCGUUAUCCCCAUUGAGAUCUCUGAGAGCGCGGCUGUGGGUGCGCGCAUUCCCCUGGACAGCGCCACAGAUCCUGAUGUCGGGGAAAACUCACUAUACACGUAUGCCUUAGAGUCCAACAACUUCUUUAAGAUUGAUAUCCAGUCCAGGACUGACGGGGCUAAAUAUGCAGAGCUGGUUGUGCUCAGGGAGUUGGAUCGGGAGGUGCGCUCCGGGUAUGAACUUCAAUACACAGCCUCUGAUCGGGGCGUUCCCCCGAGAACGGGUUCGACCCUCCUUAAAAUCAGUGUCACCGACUCAAACGACAACAGCCCAAUUUUUGACAAGUCAUCAUAUGUCAUAAAUCUCCCAGAAAACGCACCUGUUGGCACACUGAUCAUUGACCUAAACGCAACUGACGCGGAUGACGGCAACAACGCCAAAAUAGUCUACUCAUUCAGCAGCCACGUUUCUCCCAAAAUAAUGGAGACAUUCAAGAUUAACCCUGACAGUGGCCGUCUGACUCUCAUUAGGCGCGUGGACUAUGAGGCUGUUAACUCUUAUGACAUUGAUGUCCAAGCACAGGACAUGGGUCCAAACUCCAUGCCAGCUCACUGUAAGAUCCUGGUCAAAGUGGUGGACGUGAAUGACAAUAAACCUGACAUAAGCAUUAAUCUCAUGUCCUCUCAAGGGAAUGGGGACGCAGCUUAUAUAUCUGAGGCUUCUCCUUUGGACACGUUUGUAGCACUGGUUAGGGUGGAGGACUUGGACUCUGGGCUGAAUGGGGAGGUGGAGUGCAAGCUUCACGGGCAAGGAUAUUUCAAGCUCCAGAAAUCCUAUGAGAACAACUACAUGAUUUUGACAAAUGUGUCUCUGGAUCGAGAAAAGAGGUCAGAGUUCAGUCUAACAGUGGUGGCAGAGGACCGAGGGACCCCCAGUCUCUCUACUGUCAAACAUUUUACUGUGCAUGUGACUGAUGAAAAUGACAACCCCCCACGGUUCGAGAAGGGUCAGUAUGAGAUCUUUAAAUCUGAGAACAAUGCCCCUGGAGCUUAUCUGACCUCCAUCAUGGCCACUGAUCCUGACCUGGACAACAAUGGACAGGUGAGCUACUCCAUCUUGGAGAACUCUGUUCACGGGAGCUCCAUCUCCACCUAUGUCACAAUUGACCCCUCCAAUGGCGCCAUCUACGCUCUGCGCACAUUUGAUCGUGAGGACGUUUGUCGCAUCUCGUUUGUUGUGCAAGCCACUGACGCGGGGAAACCACCGCUGGUCAGCAAUGCCACGGUGAUUCUGAACAUUCUGGAUGAAAACGACAACCCUCCAGUCAUCGUGGUCCCCCAGCUGUGGAACUUCACUGCUGACGUGCCUGCGUCAAAGUUCACAGAGGCCGGACACUUAGUAACCGCUAUUAGGGCGACUGAUCGCGACACUGGUGUCAACGCUGAGCUCCUCUGCUCCAUCGUCAGCGGCAACGAGGAGAGCUUCUUCAUGAUCGACCCAAGAACAUGUGAAAUCCAUGCUAACGCAAGUUUGGAAAACUUCCCCCAUGAACACGCUGAGUUGACUGUGGUGGUUAGAGAUCAGGGUAGAGAAAACCUCAGUGCUAAGGCGGCGCUUAAAAUCACUCUUUAUGAGAACAUGGAGAACCACGUCCAGGUGAUGGACCAGGGCGAGUCUUCGCUCGAUCCAUCCCUGAUCAUCAUCUUCUCCCUGGCGGCCAUCUGCACUGUGCUCCUGGUCAUCAUGGUUGUGUUCGCCGCCCGCUGUAGCCGGGAGAAGAAGGACACCAGGCACUCAUACAACUGCCGAGUGGCAGAAUCCACCCACCAGCACCAUCCCAAGAAACCUGCGCGCCAAAUCCACAAAGGUGACAUCACCCUUGUUCCCACGGUGAACGGCACGCUGCCAAUCAGAGCUCACCACCGCUCUCCUUCGGCGACGCCCCCCAUGGACCGAGCACAGAUGGGGAGCCGGCAGAACCACCACAGCCGCCAGUCACUAAACAGCCUGGUGACCAUCUCGUCCAAUCACAUUCCAGAGAGCUUCGCCCUGGAACUGGCUCAUGCAACUCCACCAGUAGAGCAAGUCUCACAGCUUCUGUCCAUGCUCCAUCAGGGCCAGUACCAGCCCAGACCCAGUUUCCGUGGCAACAAAUACUCCCGCAGCUACAGAUAUGCAUUACAAGACAUGGACAAGUUCAGCCUGAAGGACAGUGGCCGUGGGGACAGCGAGGCGGGGGACAGUGACUGUGACAUGGGUCGGGAAUCCCCUGUGGACAGGCUACUGCUGGGGGAGGGCUUUUCUGACCUCAUACACCUCGAAAUGCACCAUCGACUCCACCCAGCUAUGAGACUGUGCACGGAUGAAUGUCGCGUCCUGGGACACUCUGACCAGUGCUGGAUGCCCCCCCUUACUUCUCCUGCUUCCUGUGACUACCGCAACAACAUGUACAUCCCUGGGGAGGAGUCCUCCCAGCAGCCCCAGCAGCUCGACGACGACGAGUCCUCUGUCGAUUCGGAGCGCCGCAAGAGCUUCUCCACUUUCGGCAAAGAGUCCGGGAGCGAUGAGGUGGGCGUCCCCGGAGAAGGGAGCGACGCUUGUGCGGAUGCCGGAGGAGGGGCUGGUUCCCUCCUCACUGAGAUGAACUCUGUGUUCCAGCGGCUCCUCCCCCCUAACAUGGACUCGUACACAGAGUGCACUGAAACCAGUCCGCCUUCGUCCUCGUCCACCGCUGAGAGGGGAAGCGGGCGCACUGGCAACAACACAGGUAACCACAGUAACAGCGCUGUUCCUCAGGACAAUCGCAGAGGCUUGUUGCCGGGUGGGAAAGCCCCUGCUUACCCUCCGGGUGUGGCUGCGUGGGCGGCCAACACCCAUUACCUUAACCCCGGAAGUGGAUCUGUGGGAAACAAUCACGUCACACCCACUUCUUCCUCAUCCUCCACGUCCACUUCCACCCCCACCAAUGGACAGCCACCACACCUCAAAUGGCUUCCGGCCAUGGAGGAGAUCCCGGAGAAUUACGAAGAAGACGACUUCGAAGGCGUUUUCCAUCAGGGCGGCAAACGAAGCGAAAGCCGCCACGAGCCCGGCAUGGACGCUAGUGAGCUGGUGCACGAGAUCAACAAGCUGCUGCAGGACGUCCGGCAGAACUAGGGGAGAAGUCAUAGCAUGGUUUCGCAUUACACAACAUCAUGCUUGUUCUCUGUGCCAACAUAUACGACCGUCAUGAUGACUAUUUUUGUCGUUUACUGUAAUGCCUGUCUUGUUUGUUUUUUUUACCAAAUAUCCCUGAUACCUCUCAGUGCAAAAAAGACUCCCAGAGAAAAAGUGAAAAACAUGGCCCUGAAGUAGUGAUCGGGAUGAUUUAAAGGCAUCAAAGCGAGCGCUCUAAGAACAGAUUGUUCAGCUGUUAUAACCGUCUCUGUGAAAGUUGCGCGAAUGAGUGAUUUCAAACAGACAACAAGAACUGUACCCUUUCUUCAUUUGUAAUGUUUACAGCAGCGUGAACAGACUCCACAGGGAGGAACCAACUGUUGUGUGAUCUAUUUUUUUUUUUACAGUGUACAAUAUUGUACAGUGUUAGUGGAAAUGAUGGCAAACUCACUUGAAUAUUGUGCUACAGUAUGUCUCCUGUUUUGUUAUCAUGGAAUGUAACUGUACAAUUUGACCUUUGUAUUUUAAAAAUACACUCUUUUUUACUUCUAUAUAUUUAUAUGUGUCCAUGUAUGUUUGUACAGAAAAAAAAACAAAUGUCUAUUUUUUAUAUUUGUCACUGCAUGUCUUAAUAUCACUUAAUGUGUCUCUUAUUCCUCUGCCCCUUUAUUUUAUAAAAACAAUUGUAUUUAAUUUUGGUAUUGAAUGUGUGUGUGCGUAUUAAAAAAUAAUCACAUUCCAAUGCAGUUCCAUGUUGGAAGUUGGUUUUGUAUGGUGACAUUGUGACCAUUGGGUGAUAAAUAAAGUGGAGGGAUUCAUAACAGUA